GGCAAUUUGCUUCUACGUCCCGCUUUUUUGUAGUUCCGACGAACUUCUUGUUGGUGCAUUGGAGAAAGAAAUGGUAAAAGUGGGUGUCAUGAUAGACAAGAACUCUAGAGUGGGGAGGCAUAUUGACAUGGCGCUGUCCGAUUUUUAUGCUGAGCAUGCAAGCUACCGUACGAGGUUGUCUCUUUGCUCCAGGGAUUCCCAGAACGAUGUCGUUGCAGCCGCUUCCGCAGCCUUAGAUUUGAUGGAAAAUGAACAAGUGUAUGCCAUAAUUGGACCGGAAUGGUCCUCGCAGGCCAAAUUCGUCAUUGAUCUUGGAGCUAGAGCCCAGGUUCCUAUCAUAUCAUUCUCGGCCACAAGUCCUUCCCUCUCCCCAGCCCAGAACAUCUACUUUGUUCGAACUACAUACGAUGAUAGUGUCCAAGUGAAGGCAAUCGCUGCAGUCGUUCAAAUCUUUGGUUGGAAAGAGGUUGUUCCUCUCUAUGAAGACACCGAAUAUGGCAACGGCCUGAUUCCAUGCAUCACUGAUGCCUUUCAAGAAAUAGACACCAGGGUACCUUACAGAAGUGUGAUCCAUCCAUCAGCCCAUGACAUUGAUAUACUAAAUGAGCUCAUAAAGCUGAUGACAAUGCAGACAAGGGUUUUCCUGGUUCACAUGACUGCUUCGCUCGGGUCUCGGCUAUUCUUGCAGGCGAAUAAGGCAGGGAUGCUGAAUGAUGAGACUGUGUGGAUUGUGACUGAUGGGUUGACAUCAUUGCUCGACCCAGUUGGGUAUAGAGCGAAAGAGUCCAUGCAAGGUGUGAUAGGGGUGAGGCCUCACCUCCCAAUGUCGAAGCGACUGGAACGCUUCAAGAAGAAAUACUUAAUUGGGGCUAGGAAGUUGAAUCUCUUCGCCUUAUGGGGGUAUGAUACCGUUUCCGCAUUAGCCAAUGCAGUCGAGAUGGCGUGGUGGAAUUCCUCCAAGUCUCGAAACCGGAGGAGGACUAGGCCAAAAGCUGGAGACGGAGUGAACCUUUCUGCCCUAGCAGUCUCAGAGAUGGGCCCAGAGAUUCUACGAUGGAUACGAAACUCAACAGUCAAUGGACUCAUGGGACGAUUCCAGCUGGUGAACGGUUAGCUCCGUCCUUCUAAGUUCGAAGUCUUCAAUGUGGUUGGGCACAAUGAAUGGGUCAUAGGGUAUUGGACCCCCAAACACGGACUCUGCAGUAAGCGAACCAAGUCUAACGUAAGUAACUUCACCAAAAAAGAAAAUGGGUGUCGAACUUCCAAGGAUAACCUGAUGCCACCCAUAUGGCCCGGGGGAACACGACAGCAGCCCAAGGGUUGGGUAAUUCCCACAGUGACAGGGAAGAAGAUGAAGAUCGGGGUCCCAGUCACCCAAAGGUUCAGUGAGUUCUUCAAGAUUGUUUGGGACCCACAAACCGAUGUUCCAACCUAUUCUGGGUUCUCUUAUGAUGUGUUUCUUGAGGUGUUGAAAGAGUUGCCCUUCGCUCUUCCUUACGAGUUCAAGCCGUUCAUGAACGCGAGUCGCCAGAGUGCUGGAUCUUAUGAUGAUUUGCUCUACCAAAUCACAUUGGGAGUAGUUGAUGCAGUGGUAGCAGAUAUGACCAUCAUUGCAAACCGGUCCAACUAUGUAGACUUUGCUUUGCCCUACUCAGAAUCAGGCGUGUCGAUGUUGGUGGCAAUGAAAGAUGACAAGCGAAGGAACAUGUGGAUCUUCCUAAAGCCGCUCAAGUGGAACCUUUGGUUAACGACUGGCCUGGCUUUCGUAUUCAAGGGCUUCAUAGUGUGGGUCCUCGAGCGCCAGAAGAAUGAGGACUUCAAUGGGUCCCCGGGCGAACAAUUCAGGCUCUGUCUCUGGUUUUCCUUCUCCACGCUCGUUUUUGCCCACCGGGAGAGGAUAAUGAGUAACUUGACAAGACUGGUGCUGGUGAUAUGGUUGUUUGUCGUGCUGAUCAUAACACAGAGUUACACAGCAAACUUGGCCUCGUUGUUGACCGUACAGCGGCUACAACCUAAGUUUGUUGACGUGCAUGACCUUGUGAGGAACCGGCACUAUGUUGGAUACCAGAGCUCGUUUGUGAAAGAGCUUCUGAUACGAGAGAUGAACUUUGACGAGUCAAGGCUGCGUUCUUACAGCUCCCCGGAGAAGUACCACGAAGCACUGAUGAAAGGAAGUGGCAACGGUGGGGUUGAUGCGAUCUUCGAUGAGACUCCCUACCUCAAACUUUUCCUUGCCAAGUACUGUGACAAGUACACCAUAAUUGGACCGACCUACAAGACGGAUGGGUUCGCCUUCGCCUUCCCUAUGAGGUCUCCGCUGGUUUCCUAUGUCUCAAGGGCAGUGUUGAAGGUCACCCAAGACAAAGCUAAGAUGGACGCCAUCGAAAGGAAGAACUUUCUUAGCCAGCAGAUUUCAUCGUGCCAAGACACAAGAAUCUCCAUGGACCAAGACACAAGAAUCAACACGGACCUUAGCCUCAGCGUGUACAGCUUUGGUGGGCUGUUCAUAAUCACUGGGCUCACUUCACUGUUUGCACUCGUGGCAGAGCUUCUGAUCUCGAACUGGCACCAUUUUUCUUCUUCGGCUUCGAGAUUCCAUCUAGUUUGGUCCAAUUUCUUCAUGGAAACAUUGGCAAAGAAACCUGGCCUUAUUUGUUCGUCACUGGGGACUUCAGAGAGUAAUACAUCGAGGGUAGUUGCACUGACCAGUUCCUGAACAAGUGGUUGUAUGCUGGUAGUUCAUCAACUAUCGAAGGUUCCAUAUUAUUGUAUGUAAUGGAGCUCCCCUUCCAAAGACGAGAAGCUUCACAAUGUGAACAAGAAGUUGA